AUGGAAGAAGCAGGAGGCGCCGCUGGCGCCGUCCGGGCCGUGUCCCGGCGACUGGUCCGGCCGUCGAUCGGCGACGCGCCGCCGCCGGAGGACAUCCACCUCACGCCGUGGGACCUCCGCUUGAUCAGCGUCGACUACAUCCAGAAGGGCCUCCUCCUGCCCGCGCCUCCCGCCGGCGGCGACCGCCUCGUCGGCACCCUCGCGUCGUCCCUGGCGCGCGCCCUGGGCAGGUACUACCACUUGGCCGGCCGUCUCGCCGUCGAGGAGCGGGGCGACGGGACAGUCGACGUCAGGCUGCGCUGCACCGGGGAGGGCGCCGAGCUCGUCCACGCGACGGCGCCCGGCGUCGCCGUCGCGGACAUUGCCGGCUCGGUGUACACCCCGUCAUCGGUGGUCCGGGCCUUGUUCCCGUUGAACGGGGUGCUUGGCGCGGACGCAGCCGUCGAUUCGCUCCCCGUGCUGUCGGCGCAGGUCACCGAGCUCGCCGACGGCGUGUUCGUCGGCGUGUCGUUGAACCACUCCGUCGGCGACGGCUUUGUCUUUUGGGAGUUCUUGAACGCUUGGUCGGAGAUCAACCGGGGAGGAGGAGCAACCAGCGACCUAAGAGCGAUCUCCGCGCGGGUGCACCGGAGGUGGUUCACUGAUGCCAGCCCCGUGCCGAUCCCCCUGCCUUUCAGCAAGCUGCAGCACGUCGUUCGGCGAUUUGAUCCCCCGAUUAUGCAAGAGUGUUUCUUCACCUUCUCCGCCGCGAGCGUCAAGGAGCUCAAGGCGAGGGCGAACGACGAGAUGGCCGGCACGGCCACCGCCACCAUCUCCUCUCUCCAGGCCCUGCUCGCGCACCUGUGGCGAGCGGUCUCCCGAGCGCGGCGCCUCCCGCCGGGGAAGGAGACGUCCUACAGCCUGGCCGUCGGAUGCCGAGGGCGCCUGAGCGGCAUACCGCCGGGAUACAUGGGCAACGCGCUAGUGCCCGGCACGGCGAGCUGCACCGUCGGCGAGAUUCUGGGCAGGGGGCUAGGCUGGACGGCGUGGCAGCUGAACCGCGCCGUGGCGUCGUUCGACGAGGAGUCCGUGAGGGAGUGGCUGGAGAGCUGGACCAGGGAGCCGCAGUUGCGGUACUUUGGGAGCCUUAUGUCCGGAGGCGCGGCGCUGAUGACCGGGAGCUCGCCGCGGUUCGACGUGUUCGGGAACGACUUUGGGUGGGGGAAGCCGGCCGCCGUGCGUAGCGGCCGCGAGGGCAAGAUUGAUGGGAAGGCGACGGUGUACGAAGGGCCGGAUCGGGGAGGGAGCAUGUCCCUAGAGGUGUGCAUCGCGCCUGACGCGAUGGAGAGGCUCGUCGCCGACGAGGAGUUCAUGGACGCCGUCACGAUGUUGCCGGCCCAACAUCAACAUGGGUGA